AUGCGACCUUAUCCAGGGCAAAAUUUGAAUGACGACAAGCGCAUUUUUAAUUAUCGUUUAUCAAGCGCAAGAAGAAUUGUUGAAAAUACUUUCGGUAUAUUAACACUAAAGUUUAGAAUAUACAAUAGACGGAUCCAAGCUAACCCAGAAAAUGUAGAUAAUAUAGUACUCGCUACUUGUAUUUUACAUAACUUCAUCAAAUAUUUCAAUCCAAAUACAACACAUGCAUCAGACUAUGAGGGUAAUCAACCUCAUACAAGCAGUUUACUGGAAACUGUGCAACCUCAAGGCGGAAACGCCACAGCGGGCGCAUUUCACGUUAGAGAAGUAUUCAAAAAUUCUUUUAUUUCUGAGGCAGGAGCAGUACCCUGGCAAGAAGAUAAAAUA